CCCAAAAUUCAAGGAACACGGUGAGCCUAGGUUAUGUAAGAAAUUUCUCUCUUGGACCAUAACUACAACACUGCCAUUUAUCUAUGACGCUGUGGCAGCUUUUGCCACGGAGGCAGAUAGCGAGCUUUGAAGAAGAGACUGGCGGCUGGGCUGCUAACUAGUUGCUCAUGAACUAUGGCUACCACCGCACCCAUGUCUCUACCUAGGCCCCCACCUUUCACUUCCAUUUUCAAGCCAAGGUCUCACCAUUCGUCUCGACUGUUGGCUUCUCAUCUCACCUUAUCAACAACUUUCUCAUCAAAGUAUGCCAUCCAUGUUCAGGAUCCGGUUGGGAGAAAUCAUCAGAAAAAGAGCAACACCCUUUGGAUAACUUUUGCUACUCCUGAAGAGGUUCUGCCUUCAGAUACCACCCCACUUGAAAAUUCCCAGCAGAUAGUGUCCACUACGGGUGAUGAGGGUGUGGCAACUGUUAUACAAGCUCUUCUCUUUGUUGCCUUUGUUGCUCUAACUAUUCUCACUAUUGGGGUUAUAUACAUAGCAGUGCAAGAUUUCUUGGGGAAGAGGGAGAGAGAGAAGUUUGCAAAAGAAGAGGCUGCCAAGGAGAAGAAUGGAAAGAAGAAGAAGGUGAGAGCCAGGGCUGGGCCAAGGGGAUUUGGUCAGAAGAUUGAUGAUGAUGUUUAGAGCGCAGAUUUUUCUUGUAAGCUUUUCAUUUUCUUUGUGACCCCGAAACUUUUUCUUUAUUUCAUGGAAGACUUCGUUUAGGCAAAAGAUUUUCUUGUCAUGUAAUCAACUGAAAACGUUGUCCACUGCUUGUAAGGUAAUGAUUCCGGUUUCCAAUCUAAAAAUUGUAGCCUCGACAGCUUUCUGAGUUAAUUCUAUUGAAGGAUUUAUAUUAUA